AUGUCGAUCGACAGGCGAUCCAAUCAUCUGGACGCCUCCGAAGUCACUCCCCUCCUCGGUCAGCCCGACAACUAUGAUGUGGAAACAGCCUCUUCCCAUAAGGAUGAAGAUGAGCAUCUUCCCGUCUUGUCCAGUGCGAGCUCUGUAUCCGGGGGGCUUGAGUUUACGCCUACUCUCGAAAGACGCGCUUCAAAUGCCGCUGAACAUGAUUUGAAGGCGGACGAUUAUGCAGCUCGGUUCAAUGAUGUGACGCCCACUCAAUUCUGGAUCAUAUUCAGUGGGAUUUUGGUUGGCUAUAUGAUCGGCUUCUUUGAUUCGACUCUCAUGGCUUCCAGUCACCCGGUAAUCACAUCCUACUUCAACGCAGCAAACUCAGCAUCAUGGCUGUCAACAGCCUUCUUGUUGACCUCGACCGCGUUCAUGCCUCUUUUCGGUCGAGUCUCCGACGCCUUCGGUCGAAAGCCAGUUUAUCUCUUCUCGAUCGCAAUGUUCUUUUUCACGACGGCCGGGUGUGGCUUGGCUCGGAACAUCGGAGACUUCAUUGCGGCUCGGGCGCUUUGCGGACUCGGUGCCGGAGGCGUAUUCUCUAUCGGCCAGAUCAUAUCCAGUGACUUGGUUCGACUAGAGUAUCGUGGAAUUUACCAAUCAUACAUCAAUCUUUGCCUUGGUGCUGGAGGCAGCAUCGGACUUGCGUUUGGAGGCUAUCUGUGUGAUCACAUUGGCUGGCGUGGAGCAUUCUUCAUUCAGCUCCCUUUCAUUUUCAUCUACUUCAUCGCAGCUGCUUGGACAGUUCCGGUCGGCCUAGGGCGCAAGACUGUUGGAACAGAGCACAUGAAAAUUUCCCAGUUGAUCAGAAGCAUCGAUAUCUUGGGAUCAUUCAUUUUGAUUACCUCUGUCACUCUCUUGAUCUUAGGGCUGAACUUGGGAGGAAACGUUCUCCCCUGGGGUCAUCCACUCAUUCUUGUCUCGUUGUCGCUAUCCUUUGUCCUGGCUGUUAUCUUUGUGCGCUAUGAACCACACGUCCAACGCCCUGUCAUGCCGAUCGAACUUCUUACAACGAACCCCCGAGCCAGUAUCAUAUUCGGCAGCUUCUUUGCUGCGGUUUCGAUCAAUACCGUGGUUUUUAACGCUCCGCUGUAUUUUCAAGCCGUGAAAUUGACUUCACCCACUACUUCUGGUCUACGGCUUGUUGCCUCGUCUAUCGCCAUCACUUGCUCCAGUGUAGCCACUGGUUUCUUGAUCAAUUCUACCAGGCGCCUUCAACCGUUUGUUCUCAUCGGUGUAUGCAGCAUGGUAGUAGGUGGAUUUGCUGCUGCUUCAAUGGGGAUAGACACCUCUCAUCCCAUUGCAAUGAUGUGCAUUUCGUUCUCAAGCCUAGGUCAAGGCUUUGCAUUCCCGAGCCUGAUGGUAUCUAUUCUGGCCACCAGUAAACAAGAAGACCAGGCUGUUGCAACCACCACACUUGGUUUGUGGCGCAGCCUAGGCUCUGUCAUGGGCGUUGCCGUGAGUAGUUGGAUCUUCCAAAACGCUCUCAUAUAUCAUCUCAACAAGAAUGUCACUGGUGUUGAGAGAGAUCACAUCAUUGCGCUUGUCCGCAAAUCUGUCCAUAGCAUCUCUCAGCUGGAUCCUGUCCAUCGGCUCGAAGGCAUUCACCCGCUCAUACGCCGAUGCUCUGCGAAUGACAUUCCUCUCGGCGGCAUUCUGGGCAAUCAUUGUCUUGAUAUGCAUGUGUCGAAUCCGUUUGCCGCGUUUGAGAAGAAAGGAAUAGAGGACCUCUUGGGCUACAUGUACAUUUCGCCCGCGUUUUAA